GAUAAAAUGCUGCCACUAUAAUGGCAGCCAAAAGGCCCUGCUGCAGCCGGACACCCGAUCUCCUGUUUGGCUCCGGCUUCCUUUUGUUCAAGUAUUUCAUAUCUACGUUAGCCAUACUAAAAAAAACUAACAGUGGACGCGAGAGCAGUGAUGGACCUUAGACUUGGUGACCGGGGCUUCAGGAAUGGGGAAUAAACAGACCCACUUUACAGGACAGCAGCUAGACGCCUAUCAGGACUGUACGUAUUUCACAAGGAAAGAAAUUCUCAGACUGUUCUACCGCUAUCGGGAUUUGGCACCGCAGCUUGUUCCUCUUGACUACACCAGCCAGCCAGAUGUGAAGUUACCAUAUGAGCUGAUUGGCAGCAUGCCCGAGCUGAAGGACAACCCAUUCCGCCAGAGAAUCGCUGAGGUUUUUUCGGAGGACGGAGAAGGGAACAUGACCCUGGACGACUUCCUGGACAUGUUCUCCGUCCUCAGCGAGAUGGCUCCCCGUGACCUCAAGGCCUACUACGCUUUCAAAAUCUAUGAUUUUAACAACGAUGACUUCAUCUGCAAAUCCGACCUAGAGAAGACGCUGAACAAGCUGACCCGUAACGAGCUCACAGAGGAAGAGGUGGGGAUGGUUUGUGAGAAGGUGAUAGACGAGGCAGAUCUGGACAACGACGGGCGUCUCUCACUCGAGGAUUUCCAGCACAUGAUUGUCAGAGCUCCAGAUUUUCUCAGCACCUUCCACAUAAGGAUAUAAGGGUUUCAAGAUUUCUUUUGUGUUAAUUCCGAUAUUCAUUCUUAUGCCACAAGGCACAAAGAUGAUUUUAAUUUACCGUUUUGUAGAACAUGGAAACAUCAAUCUUUCAUCAGUUACAGA